AUGGUCAGGGCCUUCAGCCAAUGUUACCACAAACGCCUGUUUGAAAAUGCAUCGAAAUACCACUCAGGAGAACAAGUCUCAGGUAUACUGCUUCUCUAUUCCACCUGUGUUCUUCACGUAAUAGAGUCCUGCAUUGGGACAAUACAUCUUAUCAUCCAAGAUUUAGCUUCUCUCGAAAAUCAAGGAGAAAAGGUGUCGCACAACAUCCCCAGCAGGCUGUUCCCAGACUGGUACGUUACAACGGUGACGCCGUCCGUGACCUACCUGCAGGACAGCACGCAGGCGCAGUCCACGGAGGAGCUCCUCACCGAGUGCCUCGUCCUCCUCUUCAAGCUGGCAGCCUACGUGCCAAAAACGUUUGAGGAUGACAGUGAUGAUCUGAACAGCAAUCUACAUACCCUUGCACCCGAGCUGAUAAUCCCAGCAGAGACAGUUAACUAUUUGUGCAACGCUGAGGAAUUCUCAAGUCCAGAAGAGUUCCUGAAAAUGUAUUUAAACCCUUUGCAACCUGCUAUGGAUUCAGAAACUGUCUGGCCUGCCCCGGCACACUUCAGUGCGUGA